GCCACCUCCAUUGUGAGCCGGGAGCCGGGGCUGAGCCGCUGCUGCUCCGCGGGGUGUGUGCGGGGAGAGCCCUUCCCUAGCGCCGCUCUGUGCCCAGCCGGGGGGACUUUCUCCGGGGGCGGGAACCAGCCCCUGGGCCAGCCCUGGGCUCUGCCGACACCAGCUCCUGAGCCGGAGCCUGCAGCUCACAAUGGGGUACAACUGACUGUAAGGAGCUGAAUCAUUAUCCAGGGAAGCCAAUACGCUGAAGAUGUCACCCAGGAAAUCCAAGAGGACUGUGAGCCAGAGCCCUGAGCAGAACAAACCCUGUGAGAGCCAGUGCAGGCCAGAGGAGCCAGAGCCCAUGGAGAAGAGACCGGUGAAACUCAUCCAAGGAAUUAAGAAGCGAAAGGAUUUUGUGGUGCACCAGGGAACCCAGACGGAGGAGAGCCCCAACAUCUGCAUCGAGUGUGGGAAAAGCUUUACCCAGAACUCCAGCCUCAUCAACCAUCGUAGAACCCACACAGAUGAGAAGCCCUACAAAUGCCCUGACUGUGGGAAAUGUUUCGGCGUCAGCUCCAGCCUCAGCCGGCACCAGCGCAUCCACACGGGCGAGAAGCCCUACGCCUGCCCUGACUGCGGGAAGAGCUUCAGCGACAAGUCCAACCUAACCCAGCACCAGCGUGUCCACACGGGUGAGAAGCCCUACAAGUGUAUUGACUGUGGGAAGAGCUUCAGCCGCAGCUCCCACAAGAAGAAGCACUUGCGGCACCUGAUGGGCAAGAGGCCAGGCAAGUGCUCGUCACCGCAGCAGCGUGAGGGUGCCGUGGGGAAGGCCAAGGCCAGGAGGAAGGUGGAGGUGCUGAACACGUGCACCGAGUGCUGGCAGAGCUUCAGCCAGAAUGCUGAUCUCAUCAAGCACAUGAGGAUCCACACUGGCGAGAAGCCCUUCAAAUGUACUGACUGUGGGAAGAGCUUCAGUGUCAGCUCCAACCUCUUCCGGCACCAGCGCAUCCACACCGGGGAGAAACCCUACACGUGCUCUGACUGUGGGAAAAGCUUCACUGACAAGUCCACCCUGACCCAGCACCAGCGCAUCCACACGGGCGAGAAGCCCUACAUCUGCACCUUCUGUGGGAAGGGCUUCAGCCACAGCUCCCACCACAAGAGACAUGAGAAAAUCCACAAGGGCGAAAACCCGCUACUGACCUUCCCCACCCAAACAUUCUGAACAGCUGGACGUUUGAGGAUCAUGCAGGGAUCAGUGUGGGCUCCACUGUGGGGAGCUGUCUGCAUGGUGGGGAUUUGUCUUCUGGAGAUUAGGAACGACCACAGAGAUUGCAUAGAUGUUCAGAACAGAAGGGACCAUUAGAUCAUCUAGUCUGACUUUCUGCACAUCACAUGCCUGAGAAUCUCACCCAGUAACUCCUGCGUCCAGCCCAGUAACUUGUGGUUGACUGAGAAAGUGUGUCUUAGAAAGAGGAGUCCAAACUCAGUUUAAAUGCUCCAGGUUAUGGAGAAUCCACCGCAGCCUUUGGGAUCUGUUCCCAGGGUUCACUACAAUCCCGUAAAUCUUACCUCUUAUUUUCAGUUUGAACACUGCUGACUUCAGCUCCCAGCCACUGGAACUUUGCUAGAGUAAAGAGCCCUCUGGUAUCAGCAAUAUGAUCCUCAUCUAGAUACCUACAGACUGUGAUUAGAUCCCCUCUUAAUCUACCGUUCAAUAACUAGAGCUCCGUAAGUUUUCUCUCACUGUAAGGCAUGUUACAAAUCAUUCUGUGUAGCCCUUCUCUGAAUCCUCUCCAAUUUUGCAACAGCCUUUUUAAAGUGUGGACACCGGAACUAGACACAGCACUCUAGAAUGGUCUCUCAUCCAUAGGAUCAGAGCAAUUGUCCUUCUACUGCCAUCACCUGUCUCCAAAAGUGGCUAUUACCACCUCCCUCAAAGGAAGGUGUGAAACUCCCCUAAUGAAAAGUUUUCUAGUAGCCUACUCAUGGGGGAAAGCUGCUGCAUCUAUCCAGGAAAUGGGUGGCUGGCUUCUGCUCUUUACAUAAACACCCCUUAUAAAUGUUCCUCCUAGCCAUUGUAACUAGGGAUGGUAUUUCUGUUCUUCACAUCAAUGUCUAAUGUCAAUGCUACUGUUUGCUCCAUACACCCUGUGGCAGAGAUUUCCACAGGUUAUUUAUGCAUUGUGUAGAAUAGCAUGUCUAUCAGUUUUAAAUUUUAUGUCUCAGUUUCAUUGUCUGUGCCCUUUUUCUUGUAUGGAGAGAGAGGGCAAAUAGGAGCAUCUUCUCUAUCCCAUUUAUUGUUUUAUACACCUCUACUAUGUCUUCUCAUUAAUCUCUUCUCUGACACAGUUCCAAUCUUUUCAGUCUCUCAUCAUACAAAAGUCUCUUCCAGGCCUGUAAUUAUUCUUGUCACCCAUCUCUGAAUACCUUCCGUUUCUCCUAUGUCCUCUCUGAGAUGGGGUGACCAGAACUACACACGCCAUUGAUUUAUAUAGUGGCAUUAGAAUAUUCUCAGUAUUAUUUUCUAUCCAACUGUUUAUAUGUCUUGUGUGUGUGUGUGUGUGUUUCUUUGUUACCCACUGCUGCACAUCGUGCAGAGCUUUUCAUUCAGUUGUCCACCAAGACUUGUAGGCCUUUUUCCUGAGAUGUUACUAGCAUUGUGUAUGAGUAGUUCAUCUUGUUCCUUUUCAUUGGCCAUGUAGUGCCAUUAAUUUUUAAGCAGCACUCCCUAAUCAAGUGAAUGGAAAGUUAUAAAAAAUAUCUCGUAUCUAUCUAUAGUAGGGUUUUGAUAGCACCCAUCACAGUAGUAUCUAAGCACUUCCUAGAUAAAUUGAAUCUUCAUUAAAAAAUAUGAAGGCUGUUUUCCAGUGCAUUACCUCACACUUAUCUGCACUGAAUUCCCUCUGCCAUCAUAUUGCCUCAGCUUUGCUAGAUCCCUCUGCACUCAGCCUCCUUUAUAUGUGACUAAACUGAAAUAUUUUUGUGUCAUCUGCAAAUGUUGUCACCUCGCUGCUCACCCUGAUCCUUCAGUAAUAAAUAUAUUAAACACAAAUUCUAAGUCAGAACCACAGGACACCCUACCUAUCAUCUUCAUCUUCUCUUUGCUGUGUCAGCAUCUCUCUGUUCCUUGUUCUGACACAUCAGAGUCCCCUUCGUCCCUAUCCUUUGUCCCAAGUCGAGUGGUGAGCUCUAGGCAGCCAUCAGCAUUCUCAGUUUAUUAUUUCCAUUACAAUCCAGGCUAGAGUCCCUAACUGAGAUCAGGGCCCCACUGUGGAGGAGCCGCACAUACACAUGUUGAGAGACAGUGCCUGCCCCAAAGAGCUCCCAGGCUAAAUGGACAAGACAGACAAAUGGGGAGGGGGACAGAGGGCAGGUCUACACUUAAAAUGCUGCAGCAGCACAGUUGCACUGCAGCAGUUUCAGUGAAGACACUACUAUGCCAACGGGAGAGCUUCUCCCCUUGGCAUAUUUAAUCCAUCUCCACAAGAUUUUUCACACCCCUGAGCGAUGUAGUUAUACUGAUGUAAGUUUAUAGUGUAGACCUGGCCAGAGACCCAAAGAGGGGUAAGGGACUUGCCCGAGGUCACCCAGCUGGCCAGUGGCAGGACUGGGAAUAGAACACUUUUGCUCUCUUGGGUUGUCCGGAGUGAAAUUACCCAAAGAGUCUCAUCCUUACUUAGUCUUACUCCUAUCUCCUUAAAAACAAACCAGAUAUAUUCAAAAUAGAGAAACUAUUCUAGUAAACCCAAAGAAACGAAUUGCAUGACAUAUCUAGAUUUAAACUGCUUGUAAACUACACUAGAUGACGUACUCUCAGCUUAGUUACAGAAGACUAAAAGGAAAAUAUGUUAAAUUUCUAGACAUCAGUGAUCCUUUUCUUCUUUACACAGGAAAGUUUUACCAGUUAUAAAAGUUUUACUAUUAUAUCAGUUAAACCCCCAUGUGGACAGUUUUAUUGCAGUAUAGGAGUGACUUUUUUCAGCUUAUUUUAACCCUGUCCCAAGCGACAUAAGCUAAACCAGAAAAAAGCUGCUUUAACUGGAGUAGCUGUCCACAUGGUGAGAGAUAUAUGCUGGUUUAAAUUCACACUAAGGCCUUGGCUACACUGGCGCUGUAGAGCACUACAACUUGCUGCGCUCAGGGGUGUGAAAAUGCCCCCCCGCCCCCGCGCAGUGAGUGCAGCGCUGUAAAGCACCAGUGUAAUCAGUGCCUGCAGUGCUGCACGCUUGCUCGCAGCGCUGCAAGCUACUCCCCUCGGAGAGAGCUCUCGCAGCGCUGGCGGCAUGACUACACUUGUGCUUCACAGCGCUACGGCAGCGCUGUGAAUUCCCAAGUGUAGCCAAGGCCUUAGCCUAAACCUGACAUUCUGUUUGUCAGAGCCCAGCUAUCCUCCAUCCAUCUCAUUUAACCCCCAGGGCCUUUCCCUGCUGUGAUCUGUAUUUCAAGAGCCUUGUCAGUGUUUCAGUUCUUUUGAUAUGCCUGGGUUAGUGAUCCUCAGCCAUUGACACCCCUCACAAAGGCGAUUACCCAGUUCUUGCGGUUUGUUUGCAUGACAGACAUCUCCCCUCCCCAGCCUCAUAAUUCUUUGUGGGCAGAUCCACAAGAGGUGUUUGUUACACAUUCAUCAGGGAUGUUAAUUAACCUCUUUCCAAAUGGUUAACUUGGGUCAGAUCUAUUAAACAUCUCUCUGUUUGCAUGUACAAAUGCAGCUGAUAGACCUUCAUAAUAUAACUCUACUCCAUAUUAUAUGUUAUUGGUAUUAGAUCAGCAUCUAGAGACCCCAACCAAGAUUAGGCCCCUUUGUUCUGGCUGCUGACACAUAGUUAGAGACAGGCCCUGCUCCAAAGAACAUGAGGAUAUAGGAAUUGCCAGACUGGAUCAGAUCAUGGUCCAUCUAGUCCAGCCUCCAACAGUAGCCAGCCCAGAUGCUUCAGAGGAAAGUGAAGAAGCUCUGCAGUGAGCAGUUAUAGGCUUAUCUGUCUCCAGGAAAAGUUUUCUCUUAACCCUGAAUCGUUAAGUUCCGAAGCCUGAGGCUUCAUAUCCUCUCCAAAACCUGUCUGGAGAUGUUUAGUAUUUACUCUGGAUAUUCUUGUCUGUAUAUAGAGCUUAUUAUCCAAAUAGACACAGGAGGGGAAACGACUUGUCCAAGGUCACAGAGCAGGUCAGGAGCAGACCCUUCAUUUGAUGGCUCCUAGGCCAGUGCUCCAUUCGUCAGCCCACUGCCAAUCUUCUGUGUUGGAAAACUGACCACUGAGCUCUGCUCUUUGUGCCCUGUCCCUUCCCAGUAUCCAAUCCAUAACAACACGUCACCACUCACCCCACAACGUCUUGGUUCCCUUCAUGGCUUCUUGGAGGAGCUUUGCCAAUGGCUUUCUGGAAGUCGGAAUAAAGGAUGUCACCUGGAUCUUCUUCAUCCACUGUUCUGCUGAGGUGCUCUAGAGAAUCCCAGUAGGUUCCUUUGGUCACAUCCCCUCAUAUCGUCCUCAUCUAGGUUUGGAUUGCUUUAAUGCCUGUUUCAAUCCAUGUAGCUGGUAUGGAAGCUGGUCUGUAAUCUCUGCCUCUUCCCUACCAUCUUUUUUAAUACAACACCCUUCAGCCCCUCCUUUAUAGUAGGUAACUUGAAUGGUUUUAAAUUAGAUUUAAAUAUUUUGGCUCAGCUACAUCCUUCAGGAGUUUGGGAGGCAGCGCUAGUGUAGUGUAAACGAUGUUUGUUCCAAAACCUCCUCUUUUGACACCUCAGUCUCUGACAGUGCCUUAUCUUUGCUACCUGCACAGAUAGCCUGGGGUAGGUUUCUCCACAACACUCUCUGGGAUGGAGCCUGAGGCAAAGAAACCCCAUAGCUUUCUGGCAAUGUCCUUGCCCUCUGAGAUAGCUUCUGUUUCACCCAGGUGAUGGAACAGCCAAGUGUGGCACGUGGAACUCUGGCCUUUGGUCCAGACAGCUGGCUGCUCCCAUGCCUGUCUCUCCCUCUGGCCUGCUAGCUGCUACUCCAGGUGUGUUUGGUGCUUCAUGGCAAGCCUGACAGCCUUGGAAAGUAGCUGGGAAUAAGGAGGAGGAGCCAGGCUAGUUGCCCCUGUACACAGAGGAAGAGGAAAUGAGAGUGGUAUCAGGCAAUGGGAGAAGAGGUUGGGCCUCGGCAAUAGGGAACAGGAUAGGAAAUAGGACACAAGACAAUCUUUUCAGAGGGGUGGAAAGCUUUGAGGGACGGAGGUCUAAUGGGCCUACUGACUUGCACAGCCUUCCUACUUCUGGGGUUAGUGAAGAAUUUCUGGUUAUGUGUCUUUAUGUCUUUGACUCCCCAGAUUGCCUCUUCUCCCUCCUAAUUCCCUCCUCAUUGUUUAUGUUCCUUUCUGUUGGCUGCCCAUAGGCUGAUUUUACACUAUGUGAAUGAUUCCUGCUGAGCGCAAAUAAACUCUUCUACCUUGGCAUUUAA